ACGGGAUUUUUUUACUACGAGAUUUGUACAGAGGUUCGUAAUAGAAAGAUUGUGUGUACUACUAUGUUAUGACUUCGUAUUCUUUCUUAUUGCAUAAAAUUUCCGAACAGUGAGACCUGAAACUCUACAUAUCUACGUGAAAAAUAUAUUUUCCCUUGGAUUGGUUAGAAUUUUGGAGCUGACAGACGCCUACAAUUUUCUUGCAAAGCUGUUUUCUACAGGUGAAAUUCGAUUUUACCGUGUGGGACUACAACCACAACGGCCAGUGCGCACGUAAGGCAUACCGUUUCGAAAUUGUUAUUGUAUGAAUUUCUAAAUAGGUCGGACUACACCGAAGUGAAGUCACUCGUGCACUCGUUUGGCGUAAACAACUCUCUUGUUUUUCAUGUAGCUCGUGAUUUUAACUUAAUUUCAUCAUGGAUUUCUACGGAGAUGGAUCAGUAACUGAAUUAUCGGUGAAUGAUGUUUUUGAGAAUGAAGUGCAGAGCGAAGUGAAUGAGAUUUUGAGAUCAGAUUCUGCUCAAUUUUCACCCGCACCCCAGUCGACGGAUCUCUCCGCGCUGCAGACGACAACCUUGGAUUUAGAUUCCACUGAAUUUACGUUGCUGCCGAGUUAUUUUCACGAGCAAGCCGUCCAAACCACAGCCCAAGAUGCGAAUCCAACUUCAGUUUUAACAACGACAGCCAAUACUGUGGAUUUGAGCCAGAUUACUGGGAUGGAUGGAGUGGAAAAUAAUAUUCAUAGUCUGCUUGUGGACCCUCAAACAGGCAUGCCUGUUUCUACCAGCACGCUGCAGUUGGACCCCAACUCUGCCCAGGCCAGUCUUCAAAUGAUCGUCAACAGCCUCCCUGAGCUUCAGGCACAGAUAGCUGCCUCUGCCUCGUCCACUGAAACCCUUGGUCUGAGUAGCAUUGGAAACAUCAUUUCUCAGUCCCCCAUCCUUUCUCUCAACACACAGCAGCAACAAGAGUCACCACUCAUUCUCUCAACGAUGUCAACCGGCUCGCAAAGUGGGAACCAGAACUUGACUUUUCAAAAUGGCACACUGCAGGCAACUGAUCUCUCUCAAAUCAACCUAUCAAACUUUAAUGAACUUGCAGCACAGACUCUCAUCUCACAAAUCCAACAGCAGCAGUUACACUUGGCCAAUGGAAAUGUGCAAAAUGGUUCAGAUCUGAACUCGGCUCUCAAACUUCAGCAACAAAAGGGGAGUGUUCAUCCAGCGAGUCCAAAGGCAAAGGCUGAGAAAGUCUACCCGAAGCCGGCUUACUCGUACAGUUGUCUCAUUACAAUGGCGUUGAAGAAUAGUCAAGCUGGCUGUUUGCCCGUCAGUGAGAUUUAUCAGUUUAUGUGUGAGAACUUCCCAUACUUCAAGACUGCACCAGAUGGAUGGAAGAACUCUGUCAGACACAACCUGUCACUAAACAAAUGCUUUGCUAAGAUAGAGAAGCCACAGGUUAAUAAUAGUAAUGGUUCAGCUAGGAAAGGAUGUCUGUGGGCAAUGAAUCCAGAGAAACAAGCAAAGAUGGAAGAAGAAGUUUAUAAAUGGACUCAGAAAGAUCCUUCUGGUAUUAAGAGAAGCAUGGCUAAACCAGAGGAAUUCUCAAGAAUUGAAGCCCUAUCCCGGAUCACGACAGCCUCAUCGCCAAAACCUUCACAGAGAGAAUCCACCCCACCCAUAGCAACGGUUCCUCCUCCUCUUCAGAGCAUCAUCUCAACGGCAACCACUACAACAGUGACAGCAUCAGACACCAAACAUGAGACUACACACAAUACUGUCUUUGCUGAACAGUUCUUCAACCCUAGUCUUAAUCUACUAGACCCUACAUUAACUCAACUCGAUGGUGAUCUUGGUUUACAGGACAAUUUGCUGGACACCUUCAACGACAUCAGUAGUUUAGAUGUGCCUAUGACAACAUCACCAUUCACAGCCUUCAGUUUUAGUGGUCCAAUUCUUGACAGCUCACCAUUAAAGGAUUCCACGCACACAGUAUCAUCAGCAUACCUACUGGACUCACCACAGUCACACACUGCAUCAUCACUACAAUUCUGCAGCCCAACGAGGGCGCCCCAGGUCACAGCUUUUAUGUGACAAUCACAGAGACUCAAAGCAGAUGAUAGUGAAGUUUCUAAGAGUUUUAUAUGAGAGAGAGAAUUCAGGGGCUUGUUUCAUCAAUGCAUUACAACUGUUGUAACUUCACCAUUGUGGAAGUUACCAUGGUAACGGGUCUCAUCAGCCAAUCACCAUCAAGGUUUCCAUGGUAGUCGCCAUACUUAAGAAAUUACUAGAAUUGUAACCUUUUGUGAAACAGGCCCCAGUUUGUUUUCAUAUUGAUAUGUAUACUAAAACUAUCUUUACAAAUAUUUUGUUGUUUUUAUUAGAAUGGGAUGCAGGAUGUAGCAUGCAGUCAUCAUAGUUGUAUAUUUUGUUUGGAAGGGAUUUAAAAAAAAAGUUGACUUGCCAUUCGUAGAGUUUAAUACUGUAUGGUUUGCUAGAGCUUGAUAGGGUUUUUCAAUGUCCAUUAAUUAUCUUGGAUGUUGGACCACCCAUUGUUCCUAUACUGUAGAAAAUUCUUACCCCAAAAAAUAAAAACAUUGAACUUUCAAAUAAGAUAAUUUUUUUAAAGAGAAUAUUCUUAGAAUGGGGAUAAAGACAAAUUAUAAUUGAGUAAUCUGAACACACUGAAAGAUGAUUUAGUCAGUGUUUUACUACACCCAUGAUUAUCAGGCCAUAGAAUGAGAUUGUUUUAAAAAAAAAUAGUCAAGUGAUGGAAAUUCCCAUUGUAAUUUGACAAGUGGCACAAGACACAACUAAUUGGGAGAGGAUAAACCAAAGUCAAUCUAAUGAGAAAUUUUCUAUCCUGUAUUGUAGUAGUAGGAUUUAUUUACUCAUCAUAAAUGAAUUACAUUCAGUUUACAAUCCAAGGUAAACUUGUAUUGUAUACCUGGUGGCGUGAUAACUCAGUCAGUAGAGCGGGGGUUUCAGAUUCUGGCGACCCAGGCUUGAUUUCCAUUUGUCCUUUGGUAAGGCAUUAAUCCUCAUUACUAGGUCCCUCUGAGAGGAUCUUAAACCUGUCCUCUUGUUGUUUGCUUACAAGCAUUCAUGCUUUCUUACAUGUAGUACUCAGGUAAAAAAUCAUCACCAUUCCUUCAUUCAAUGUUAACUGAUUUGUUACCCUAUUAACUCCUGGAUAGUGGAUACUAAAUUCUUGACUUCAGAUUUAGAAAGUUCUUGCUCUUAUAACCAUACAAACUUACAUUGUAGUACUUUACGCAAGAUGUCUUUGUACAUAUAGAUUUUUUUUAUCUUUAUAACUCCUAGGAAAAAAAAAAUUGUACAGAAGUUUAUAUGAAUAUUUCUUAUUUAGCCUAAAAAAAAAUUUGAACUUGUUUGAAAAUUCAUAUUUGGAAAGAAAAGCUUGUAUUUCUUGUCUGAUGUCAGACCUGUUGUGGCAUGUAUGCAAUUUGCUCUAUUUUAAUGGCUUAGCAAUUAUCAUUAUUGUUCGUUGGUUUGUUUUGCAGUCUUCUCUCUGGUUUAAGCUAAACUAUUUUUUUUCACAGGCAUUUCAUGUCUACACACAUUUACCUAUUCUGUGAGUCAUCCUUCCAUUAGUCAAAUGAUACCCUAACUUCAAGCAUUAUUUCAACCCUGAAUA